AUGGCCACAGAAACGGACUCGGGAAUGGCCAGCGAUGCUGCGAUUGUACGGAGAGACGAAGAGAUUUUUCAAGAAAUGAAAUCUAGAGAGACGGAUUUCACUUUCAAGAUAAUGUGUGUUGGAGACUACACGGGCUUUGGAAAGAAGGGAGGCUUUGUGUCGGAUUAUAUACAUCGUCGGCCGCUAAGCUUUUAUCACAAGCCGACGAUCGGAGUCGAUUUUUACUUAAAUUUUAUUACAUGGAGCGACCAGACAACGAAUCAAGACUUCACUGUGAAACUGCAAUUUUGGGAUGUCGCCGAACACGAACGCUUUCUCAAGAUGACAAGUGUGUUUUGUAGGAACUGCGUCGGCGCAUUGGUGUUCUGGGGACCAAAGAGCCCAUCUCCUCUUGGCAGUGUUUUAAAGUGGGGCGAAAAGAUCAAAGAAGCGAACCCAAAAGACGCCAAUAUACCUCUGGUUCUUAUUAUAGAAAACAUUCCAACGUCCAAACGGGGUAAACCUGUUGAUUGGAUCGGCCCCGGGAAAUUAAUCGAAAACAAAGUUCUGCUGGAUGAGUUUUGCGCCAGGAAUGGAUUCGUUGGUUGGUUUCAGCUCGUGUCAAGAGAAGAAGAUGGUUAUACCGGCGUGAUGACUAGAGCAGUAGACUGUCUUGUUCAAAAUAUUUUCAAACAACGCAAUCUCCGAAAGCCGUGACGAUUGUUUGAACUUCUGGUGUGGAUACUGAAUGCAUGCCAAAUUUGUAAGUAUUUCCGGUCUCGGUGUUCAAUUACAUCAUUGUUACCCUGAGCGGUUGUGAACAGUCACGAGAUACUAAGUGGCUUUCUUCAUAAACACCGUAUUCGGAGGUUCAUUCUUUAAAUUCCUGAAGACAUAAAACCAAAAAUAACUUCUAACUUGAAAAUCACGAAAUACGAUUUGUCAUCGAACUCUUUAAACCGUGCGUAAAGUUCAUUCCAUGCUUUUUGAAGGAAAACGAACGAUAAUUUGGAGCAAAUCAAACUCGUGAACGUGGGUUAUUGUAGCAUCGUUUUGUGACAUUUACUAUAUUACGCUCCAUAUCAUUAAUUGUACAGCAAGAGAAAUAGUUUUGAAUUCGGCGACUGAAUUAAGAAACAAGACAAAAAAUAAUGUUGUGGGACCUAUUCAGGGUUUUUAUUAUUUAUUAAAAUAAUUUUGCAAAAUUCUAUUGGACUUUUAAGCCCCAAGGAGAAUCUCUUUAUAAUUUUUUUUCUCUAUAAGUAAUGUUCAAAAUCAAAUGUUAAGAUAAUGAGAGACUUAACUUCGCUAGAAGAAUAAAAAAAUUUUGGAGUGCCCUUGGCUGCCUCUUGGUACUUAGACAGUAUAUUCCAUGAUUAUAUCAGUUGACAUUGAGAAAAAACAAACACAUCCGUGAACAAGAUAGUAAAUAAACAAGUAUUUGGCUGUCUGAAGGUAAACAGCGCUCGACAGACAUUAAGCAGUGUUUCAGUUUUCAUGAACACGUAGAAUGCGGUGAAAACGAUCUAAUUUCCUCACUAUAAUCCGUAAACAGAUUAAAGGAGUGUGCCCUGCUUAACUCCAAUCUUCCCUAACACCCAGUAGUUCUAAAGCCGGUUACCGCUAAAACAAUAACAAAAAAAAAUUUGUUUUUUGAUUUCUCAUGCAAAAAUUCAGGAUUAAGGGGAGGGGGAGAGGGCGGGGGAUCUUGGGUUAACUCUGUAGGGUUCUAGUGCCGCAUGAGGCAAAUCCUUAGUUCUGAAUAAUCCUCUCAAGCUUGCGAGCACGCCCUCAUUAGGCUAGCCUACCUGUAGCCGCACCCUCCCCUCUCGCUUCCGUUUAACCUGGGGGUGAGGAAAGGGUGCGGCUACACGUAGGCUAUUAUUAGGCGCGAGCUUUUCUUCGCCCGCGGAAAAUUAUCAGGCCUUGAGCAACGCGAGCGGCAAAAGGUGUGCGAAGGGGUUUAACACUAUUAGCGCCAGACCCCUGGAAAACCUCUUCCUGACUCUUCUCAUCUUCCCGCGUCGUACAGCGCUAAUAACGAGAACCUACUAAAUCCACUCUAGCUCUGACCUUCAUGUAGCCGUACCCUUCCCCCCCCCCGAGAAACUCCUUAGGGGUGGAAGGUACGACUGUACGUGGGCUAAAUCCACUCCAGAAUCAAAUAUGGACGAAAGGGGAUUGGUCGGGCUUCACAAACGCGGAGUUUUAUAAAUGAAAUCAGUUUGUGAUGAGGACGGUAUCCAAAUAUAAUUUGGUUCAGUUUUGGUUUACAGAAUGUCGUCCUCUUCUAGGAAGUCCAACAUAUCAAAAACGGGGGAAGGAUCGAGUGACUCGUUCCGUUAAAGAUAAAACUAGUGAUGGUGUAAACGCUUUAAUUACUCCGCCGAUUAACUUAUUUUACUGCCGAAUGGUUUCAAAGAUACCUCUCUCGCCACCACUACACGCCAAUACCAAACAUGUAAACAACGAAGAACAUCGCGUAAGUCAAAAGAAAACAGCGCAAAAAAAUUGACGUUACGCGGCGCGCGGAACUAUAGGAGUUAGGCCUUAGCUAACAGCGGGCUAACAUCAUGCUAACAUCAAGUUCUUUCUUCGCCGAUUUUUUGUUUUUUUUUUUGUUUUUUUUUUUCGCGCGACGGAGCAUUUAAAAUAUACAAAAGUAAUCAAAUCUCAUGUAACUGCAUCUAGAGCGGGUUUCUUAAAAACAUAGACAACUUCUUGAAUUCAAACACACUUCCGUGUAACUUUCUAAAAACCUCUUCCAGAUCAAGGGCCAGGUUCAGGAUGAGAGAAAUGCUUCUGGACGAGCCAGACGCAGUAACAAAACUUGUGAUAUGCGCUUACCACAAUUCUUAGACUGUGGCUUUUAAUUUGGGAUGUACAAGGGCUUUAAGAUUGAUAAAAGGCGCUAAAUGCAGUUGCAUCAUCCUUACGGCCGCCUUCCGUGCGUGACAGGCGCCUAACAUGCUUACACGUAUGAAAUCUACGAAAUCUUGCAUUGCCGGUUUCGAAACUCAAAGGACAUUUCUAUCUAGCUACCACACUGCCAAUUUUAAGAUAGAAACAAGAAGAAUAUAACCUCGACAGCUUGAAAACUAAGAAAACACAAUUUUCAACUUCGAAUACCUGCUUUCAACCAUGACCACUUGUGUUGAGUCCUACGAGAAACCGGAAGAAGAGAACAAAGCAGUCCUGAGCUUACUUGGCGAAGAAAUACAGUUGAAAUCGUUCAAGAAAAACAUUCUGGAAAAUGGAGAUCAGCUUCAUCUGAAAAUAAUAAUCUUAGGCGACCCAAAGUGGAAAGAGAGGAAUCUUAUGUCUUCAAAAAUAAUCCCAUUCUGUACCCCGUGGUUACAUGGGGAGGAGAUAGUGUGGAGAAAUUCGUCAAAUUCACAUUCUUACACUCUGAAGAUCCAGUAUUGGGAGCUUUCGCUCAUCGACAGAUUUCGUUUUCACUGUGGUAAUCGCAAAUUGUGCAAAUCAUGUGAUGGCGCGUUGCUGUUCUAUGAUGUAGAGAAGCCGUCAACGCUUUCCAUCGCCCUUGAAAAUUUCGAGCUCAUACAAGCAGCAAAUCCUAGCUCUGAACGAAACGGCUUUAAGGUUCCAAUCGUUUUGAUCGCGAUAAAUAAUAAUGCAAACGAAGGUUCCUUUCCAGGAAGUGAAGAAAUGGUCAAAAGGAAGGUGGAAAUGGACAAGUACUGUUCACACUAUGGAUAUGUCACAUGGUUUGAACUUCCAUCACGCAAGAUUGACGAUUACAAGCGGGUGAUCGCCAAAGCUGUGGAUAGAAUUCUACAAGAAAUAAUUGAUUUGUCUCGAAAUGGCGUGACAAUCUGGGGCGAUUGGAAACUGAAGUAUGACACAAAAGGCAGAGAUCAUUCUUCUAGAUAG